GAAUCCAGAUCCAGUCACACAAACACAGAUCUUGUUGAGAGAAACUACUCAGAGUUUUGUGUCUUCGAUUUUCUACGUUGGAGAUUUAGUUGUAUCUUUCAGAUACUCAUGGCUAAUCGCAAGAUUUCAAACACCUUCCUGCAAUGGUGGAAGGGGAAGAAGAGCUUCAAAGAUGACAGUGAUCCACCAGGGAGCCACAGUAGCGAAAGUGGCUCCAGCAGUCAGUCCAGGAUCCUGGACAUCGAGGGAGCUGAAAGGGCUGAGAGGGCUGCGCUGAUUCAACGUGCAGAGAGGCUGUGCACUUCACAGAAAGCCCACAGCAACGCUGUUCUGGAGAGACUGGGAUUCUCCGUCCAGCAUGACACCCUCCCCUCACCUCAGCCCCCAGCUUCACCCAGAAGGAGCCCUGAAUCCUCCCUGCGAGUAGGGAGGAUCAGGCCCAUUUUGGAUUUACCUCCAUUGAAUGUGGAGGUAACAGGUGCCAGUAAAGUGGCAAAGCUUACCCCCCAAAACAGGAGCCCAAGCCCAGACGCCUCCAUCAGCUCUGUGGACACCCUCAGCUCUGUGGACACACACACUCCCAAUGAGCUGAGGGCCAUCUCACAGAUGGACAAUUUCACCCCUACCCCUCCUCCUAAAGCAUCAACCAGGAGAGUGUCUCGUCUCCCGGUGAUGUCUGGGAAACUUGUUGGAGCAGGCAAGGCGGUAGCUGAUGGAUGCAAGCUCCAGUCAGCUAAAACUAAGGUUGAGGAGUUUAUGGAAAGACUGGAACAGUUCCAGCUCGUCCACUUUCCUUCUCCUCAACCUCCAGCAGCACCCAGAAGGACCCCAGCAGCACCCAGGACGAACCCAGCAGCACCCACGAGGAACCCAGCAUCGCCCAGAAGGACCCCAGCAGCACCCACGAGGAACCCAGCAUCGCCCAGAAGGACCCCAUCGCCCAGAAGGACCCAAGCAGUACCCACGAGGACCCCAGCAUUGCCCAGAAGGACCCCAGCAGCGCCCAUGAGGAACCCAGCAUCGCCCAGAAGGACCCCAGCAGUGACACCAGCAGUGACACCCAUGAUUCCAACACCUCCAUCAACAGCUGCCCCAACCAAGAGGAGAGAACCUCGUCGUGGGACAAACCUUCGCCCUCCAAAGGCUGACAAUCGAGCAGCUCGGGAUGACCUCCAGCCUUUGGUCAACCCUUCAGAGAGUCUGUCCCUCUGCUUCAAGCAGUUGACCACAGAUGACUGGGAGAAGAAAAUGGAUGGAUUAAAAUCUGUUCGAGCUCUGGCACGGCACCAUCCAGAACUACUGCAGACCAAACUGCAUGAAGUCUGCCUGGUUCUCACAGAAGAGGUGGCAAACCUGCGCUCUGUUGUGGCCUGUGCAGCAAUGGACACCAUAGCAGAGCUCCAUCUUAACUUGGGGAGGGCCAUGGACCCUGAGGCAGAGAGGACAGGCCGUGCCCUGCUGCUGAAGUUGGCACAGACGACCAACGCCUUCAUUCACCAGCAGGCCAACCUUGCCCUGGAUGCGCUGGUGGAGGGCUGCAGCACUGGUAGAGUCAUGAGUGCUCUACUCAACACAGGGCUGAGCCACCGUUGUGCUGCUGUGAGGGGGAGCACAGCUCAGCACCUCCACCAGCUGGGGGACAUCGUUGGAGAGGAUCGGAUCUUGACAGCAGGCAAGAUCUUUGCAGAGCGUUUCCUUACUGCUGUCAGUAAGAUGUCGGUGGAUGCUGCACCGGAAGUCAGGCACCAUGGACAGAAGAUGCUCCAGGGACUUGCCUACCAGAGGGAGUUUAUGGUGCUGUGGAGUAAGCUCAUCCCAGUGAAAGACAGGCGUCCUUUGGAGAAGAUCCUGAAGAAGAACAGGCAGUAGAAGCGGAGGUGAUGGAAAAACAGGAGGACAUCUGGACAACAUCAAAUUUAGGCUGGCAUGGUGGUGCAGUGGUUAGCAUUGUCGCCUCACAGGAAGAAGGAUUUGGACCAGCUGGGUCCUUCCUGUGUGGAGUUUGCAUGUUCUCCCCAUGCCAGAGUGGGUUUUCGCCGGGUGCUCCGGUUUCCUCCCACAGUCCCAAAGACAUGCAGGUUAGGUUAACUGGACACUCUAAAUUGCCUGUAGGUGUGAAUGUGUGUGAAUGGCUGUCUGUCUAUAUGGGUCUGUCCUGUGAUAGACUGACGACUUGUCCAGAACUAGACAAGUCGCCAGUCUAUCACAUGGCUUAAAGUUAGCUGGGAAAAGCUCCAGCCCCCUGCGACCCAGCAAAGGAUAACCGGGUAUAGAUGAUGGAUGAAUGGAUGGAAUUUUUGUUAUCAUUAUUCUAAUUGGAGUAAAAAGUGAAAAUAGUAGCAUAAAAUGGAAAUACUCAACUAAGGUACAACUACCUCAAAAUUGUAACAGUACAGUACUUGAUUAAAUAUACUAAUAGUUACCUUCUACCACUGAACAAGCAAAUAAAACAAUCUUACAAUCUA